AUGACACUCCCACCUCAGUAUGUGGGAGGGCUUCCUUUGCCUGUUACCAAUGAUCUGUCAGAGCCAAAAAGACAUGCAGCAUGCGACGAGUGUAGAAAGCGAAAGCUCAAAUGCUCCGGGGAACAAGCAGGUUGCUUGCGAUGUACCAAACAGUCACUUUCUUGCAACUAUUCCAUACAAAAACAGAUGGGCCGGCCGCCCAAGAAAAGGACGCGGACAGAUGAUGAGGGGGUCGACUUUCCAGCGCUAUCUGGAGCUGAAAUGUGGUCCAUUCCAGAAGACUCGCAAAAAUAUUCGCUAGGGAUGAGCCCAUACACAUUCAGUUUCCCAGAUGUCGAUCAUCUUUGUCCACAAGUAUUCUGGCGGCCUGGCACUGGCACGAACACGAAUUCGCCACAGUCUCAACCCUCAGAUCUAUCGUCAGGUCCUGAAGAACACAACCAGACCCGGAGGCCAAACCGUGUGAAACAGCCAAAUCUUCCUGUUCCAGCAUCAUCUUCCCCUUGGCCUGACUUCUCCGCUAUCUCCAAAGCCACAGCCAUGCCAAUGCCAUUCCCUAACCCUCCCACUUUCCCUUCCAUGCACUCCCUCCCGCUUUCUCCUGCCACCUCCAUUUCAUCCGAUUACACAGCGUCUGGGUGUCCGUGUUUAUCUUACCUUUACUUAUCCCUCAGCCACAUGACAUCAAUCUCCUCCUUCCCCGUCAAUUCCCACACGCUAUGCUCGCUAUAUAUCGCUGCGCGAACAGCACGAGACGUGAUCCGCUGCCAAGUUUGUCCCAAAAAUUUUCAAACCGGCCUUCAAAAUAUCAUGUUCAUAGGGACUUUAUUAACCGUCGUCGCGGACUCGUGGCUGCGCGUCUCGCAAGCCGACGCUGUCGAACUGGGGAUGCAGUCCGCGCCUCCACACUAUGUGUCUGAAGUACUCCAAAGCCCUGACCCGGCAGAAGUUUGGAAAUUAUGGCUUCAUCAGAUUGUUCGUCGUGCUGUGAUCGGUGGCUCCGCAGGGCCAGGUUGUACAAUUCCUUGUUCUGAAAAGCCAGAUUUGCUGUCCAUGAUCAUUGAAAUCGAGAAUCGGCAACGCCGCUGGCACGAGCCCGGGCAAUAUCCAUUUGGGAAUUCAAUGUCCAUGUCGAACUCUGCUCACCACCAAGAUCAGGAUAAAGCCGGUGAAAAGGAGUUUUUGUGCCUCCGUGUGGUUGGAAGCGCCAGAGAUGUGAUCAAAAUAUUCAACUUUGAUCCUUCAGAAUAUCCCGAGGGUGUUGAACCGGUCACUUCGACGAACAUAACGCACACGUGA